AUGAUUGAUGUGGAAUUUGUCGGCGGAAAUUGUUUCGAGCGGGUAUCAAUUGGAGAACAGUUGCCACGGAAUAUCAUUUACCGCAAUGUAACAGAAUUAACGACGAUCGAGUGUGAGACCAUCUGCAAACAGGAUAAACAGUGCCAAUCCUAUGACUACGGGGUUGGAGCAAAGGGAAACGCCACGUGCGACUUAAGCAAAACAGACGAGAAGGAGAUUAAAGAAAAGAAUCUAUUUCAAAAGAAUCCAGAUUAUGACGUAUAUGUUAGAAGAUUUAAUUGCGAGCAGUCCCCGCCAAUACCCAUUGAACAAUCGUUUGAUAAUGAUAAGAAUGAAAAUAGUGAUAAGGGACCCACACAUAGACCAGUUGUACGUCCUACCGAAGAAGACAGUAAGAGACCACUGUCUGAUGACCUCCCUUACGAGAAUAGACCACAAGCUUCCUACGUAUCUAACAGACCAUACAGACCUGGUUACAAUCAAUAUAACGAUAGACCUGAUGAUUACAAUUCCUUGAGACCGGAAAAUGAUAGACCACCGAGCUAUGGAGAUCACAGGCCCCAAGAAAUUCCAUAUAGACCAGAACGACCUUAUCACCCAUACAAAAAACCUAGGCCUGGUCUAUGGAGGCCAGACCCAUAUCAUCCUCCCCAAGUUGGUGAUGAGAUUCAGGAUAUUUAUGGACCGGAACCUAGUAGGCCUCAACGACCGGAAUAUGUAACGGAAAAACCCCAAUAUCAGUAUAUCAUUAGGCCUAAUAGAAAACCGUAUCCCAAACCAGAAGACCAAGGAUAUAAUCAUCAAAAGCCUAAUCCCUAUGGACCUAACGAUCCAAUAGGACCUCCAGCCAGACCAUAUAAGCCUACGAGGCCAUAUGAUAAACCAAGUUACACUUACACUGACCAGUAUGCUAGUAAUUAUGGUACAUCUCAAGAUAAUUCAAUUUACCUAGAAAUAUAUGAUCCACCUCGACCUUAUAGGCCUAGUACAGAAGAAAGACCAUACUAUGGAGCUAGCAGUGCAGGUCAAAUGUAUGGUCAAAACUAUGGCUAUAACAGUUAUUUAAAUCAAAACUCGUACGCACAAAAUCAACAGCAAUAUGGUUCUGAUUCGUAUAAUUAUGGAGGACACAGACCCCAGAGACCUGACUAUGGUAGUUCACCUAGUUUAACUGAUGAUAAUGGUUAUAACAAUAGACCACCAUAUAAACCAAAACCUUCAUACGAUUCGUAUCAUCACAGUGUAAGUUCACACAACCAGGCUUCAUAUGGCGAAAGUUAUGCCAGCAACCAACAAUAUUAUAAUCAAGGUUAUGGUACAAGUGGUUAUGGAAAUCAAGUUUCAAAUACAUAUGGUGGUAGUCAAUAUGAAAAUUCACAGAAUCUUAAUGUCAACCAGAUAUCUAGUGGACAAAAUAAUAGACCUUCAAAUCUGUAUGGUCAAAAUGGUUAUAAUGAACAAUCAUCAAAUAAUUAUGGCGGAUCCAACUCGCAAUAUGGGUCUAAUCAAAGUGAUAAGACUCAAUACACUAAUUCACAAAGUGGCUACGGCAGCCAAGCGACUGGCAGUUACGGGGGCCAGUCAAACAUUUAUGGAAACAAUCAAGAAUAUAAUUCUGAUAGGCAAAAUGGUUACGGCAACCAAGCAACUGGUAGUUAUGGAAGUCAGACAAACCAAUACGGGUCUACUCAAGAUUCUCAAAAUAAUAAAUAUCCCACUCCUCAAAGUGGUUACGGCAAUCAAGCUUCGAGCGGUUAUGGCGGCCAAUCAAAUCAGUAUGGGUCUACUCAGGAUUUACAGAGCAGCAAAUAUCCUAGUUCUCAAAGUGGUUACGACAAUCAAGCCUCAAGCGGUUACGGCAGCCAAUCAAAUCAGUAUGGAUCUACUCAGGAUUUACAGAGCAGCAAAUAUCCCAGUUCUCAAAGUGGUUACGACAAUCAAGCCUCAAACGGUUACGGUGGCCAGUCAAAUCAGUAUGGGACUACACAAGCUUCUCACAAUUACGAGUAUACUGGUUCUCAAAGUGGUUACGGUAAUCAAGCUUCGAACAGUUAUGGUGGUCAAUCAAAUCAAUAUGGAUCUACUCAAGAUUUUAACAAAUAUCCUAGUUCUCAAAGUAGUUACGGAAACGAAGCUACUGGUAGUUAUGGCGGACAGUCAAACCAAUAUGGAUCUACUCAAGAUUCGCAAAACAACAAAUAUCCUAGCUCCCAAAGUGGUUACGGAAAUCAGGUCACCACUGGUUAUGGCGAACAAGUAAACCAACAAUAUGGAUCUCAAAAUACUCAAGGUGCUUAUGGAAGCCAAACAUCAAGCAUAGGUUCUCAAAGCAACCAAUAUGGAAACAGCCAAGGAGGUUAUAAUAACCAAGUAUCAAAUGGCUAUGACAAAAAUCAAUCGGGCUAUCAAUAUGGUUCACAUGGUAAUCAAUACGAGUCACAAAGUAGUCAAGCAUCUAAUUAUGGUGGAAGCCAAUUCAAUUUGGAUUAUAGCAAUUACCACGGUAGUCAUCUUGGAUAUGGAAUCCAUCAUUUAUAUGGAAUUAAACCUGGUAGUUACGAAAAUGAUUCCAGUUAUAACAGACCUUUAAUAACGAGCAACGAUCGUUAUGAAAAACAUAAACCUAACAGACAAAACAACCGAUACCAAGAUAUCAACCCAGUACAAGAUCCAAUACAAUCCCAAUCAGGUUAUGAUCAAGAUCGAGACUCUGGUUACAAGAAACCAGGUUCCAUACCAGGUUAUGAUAUAGAUAAACAGGAUGUCAAGCCGGUCUAUGAGCAAGGGUUAGGUAAACCAAACGCACCCAACUAUCUCAUACGUCCUAAUGGGGAUGUUGUGACAUCAAAACCUAUGGCUGUUGCACAAUUCGGAAGAAAUCCUGGAAAAGACAUCUCUUAUGAAGCCUGCUUCCGACGGGUGCUAGCCGGUAGGAGAGCUCUCCGCAGUCACGUACGGAGAGUCGUGGACUGCGAGAGACUAGAAGAUUGCAGGCGAGAAUGUGCCACAGAGGGACGGUUCCAUUGUGAGAGUUUUAACUAUAGAUUGGACCCCAGUUUCCGAGGCAAAGGUUUAUGCGAGCUGAUGACGAAACCGAUAGAGGCCUUCGAUCUUCGCCAAGAUUUCGUGGAAGAUAAAGACUAUGACUUUUAUGAACUAGAUAGGAAUAGCCUAGAACCAUAUUGCCCAGAAACCCUAAGAGGACCUAGUCUUUUACAUUCUGGUUAUUUAUCGUCGAAGCCAGCUCAGAUACCAUCAGGGCAUCAGAAUCAAUGGAGAGAUAGAAUGGACUGGGCAGAAGGCUAUAAGAGUUAUAAUAGGUUCUAUGACGAGAAAAGAAUGCAAAGUUAUAAUAAGCACUACGAAGACCAAUUUUAUGUACCCUAUCAAAUUGGUCUAAGUAAAACAUAUGACGAUCAGGAUAAUUAUGGACAAUAUGGAGGGUCUUACGGAGGCUAUGACAGCUAUUACAAAGACAGAAAGGAUUACCACAACUCAGUCAACCAUUGGAGGCUAUCUGAUGUAAAGAAAUACAAUCAGUAUCAUGGAGUGAGACACUAUAACGAUGAAAAAGACUUUGACUACUAUAGCCUAAGAAAAGACAGCAGUUUCGAAGACUAUGGCUAUGGAUACGGGUCUUGGAAGAAAGGAAGGUGGAAUAGUUCUGGAAGCUUCUGGAAAGACCUGGACAGAGAGUCGCAUUAUGAUCAUGAUAAAUCAUUUUACUUCGAACCCGAAGGCAGAAGUGAUGAAACAACCACUAAAGAUUGUUCGUCCCGACGCCGUCCAGGUAUGUCUCUAGGUUCUGGAGCCAUCCGACGAUCUCUACAUGCCCACAACGUAGUCGAGUGUGAAGCGGCUUGCUUUAACGAGAGAGAGUUUAAAUGUGUCUCAUACAGCUUCAGGUAUUCCAGUGCUCCAGGAUCUGACAAUUGCUUCCUUAGCGAGCGUCCGUACAGAGGCUUAGAAAUGUCAGCGGAUAGUGAUUCAGACGUAUACGCUAUGCCUUUACAUCAGGACUGUCUCACUAUCAGCACGAAACCUUGGGUUGAGAGUGAAUGCUUCUGGCAUGUAAGAUCAGGUUCGGCUGUAACUGAUCAAGCUGUUCGAGCUUCCCUAACUGUUACUGGUCUUGGAGCUUGCGAAGCCGAGUGCAUCAGAGCUCACAACUUCUUCUGUAGAGGAUUUAGUUUCAGAUUCGACCCACCGACAAUAGGAGAUGAUCUUGAAAACUGUCUUCUAACAUCCUCGCCUCCUACCUCCCUAGAUCUAGGACACGGCUUGAGACCUAGUAAACAUGAGCUAUAUGCCAGAGGUAACUACGGCCGAGGAUGUGAACCUGCUCUAUAUGAUGAUGUUAAUCGCGAACCACAAUGUUAUCUACAAUAUGAAAAAUCAGCAAAGCUAUUAUCAAGUGCUAUCAAAGGAACAGCCCACGCUGAAGAUGAGAGGGCUUGCGGUAGAGCUUGCUCUGAUGCUCCAUUCAGAUGUCUUAGUUUCUCUUACAGCACCCAUUCACCGCCAGAUUCAGAGAACUGCUUACUUUCCGAGAUUCGCAUGUUUGAUCUCCAAAGAGGAGUUGACUACACACACUCAGCUGACGAUCUUCUGUUCGCUUUCGAUCUGUUCAAUGGACAGUGUUGGAGGAAAGUGCAUGGGAAAGAGGAAUAUGAUGUACCAACAUUAGAAGUACCUCAUCCUAUAGAAGGAUCGUAUCCUGUUUCUGCUUCUGGACCAGAUCUACCACCACCUCCACCAGAAACCUACAUUUCAAGUUCCGGUCCAAGCGGUCCUAGUUAUUCUGAUCCACCGAAACCUUACGUACCAGCAACUGGAUCCGGUUACAAACCAGGUUUCGAUCUAUCCGGGCCAGCUAAACCCUAUUUACAUGAUACUUUCAAACCGGGUUAUGUGCCUGAAAGUGGUCCUGGUAUUUCUGGCCCUAGUGGACCACCAAGUGGACCCAGUAUACCAAGGCCUCCUAGUGGUCAUAGUGGAUCCAGUGGACCAAGUAGACCAACUGGACCCAGUGGACCCAUCGGAUACAGUGGACCACCCAUAAAACCCAGUUACGAUGUUAUAGAACCUGGUGUAAAACCAAGCUACUUAAGACCAUAUGGACCUAUUCCCAAACCGGAUCGUAAGCCAGGUUAUCUAUCUGAUCCUGGUUAUAGGCCACCGUAUGGUGCAUCAGGACAAGAUUUUGGAUUUAGACCGCCAAGACCAACGAAACCUUAUAUACCGGUUAAUGAAGUUGAAGAGCCAUUGUCAUUGUCAUGGCGUCACUACACGGUGUCAGGGUUUCCAUGUAGGAAGGGAACGUCGUGUGAACAGAACGUUAUCGCAGGACAUUGGGCUUGCGAACCGGAAGCUGGGGAAAUUGGUUCAUGGGAUUACUGUUGUGCCCCAACACAUAGAUGUGGAUACAGCGAAGGUUUCAAAAAACCAUGGUGCUAUGUAGGUCCAGCGCAAGAUCAAUGGCGUCCUUGUAGCGAGAAAUAUUAUCCCUAUCAUCAACAUAAAGGACCACAUCCCUCACAAGGAUAUAGGGACAGACAAUCUUCUAAACCAAUUUAUAACACGCAAGAAAGAGAUAGACAUCAUGGCACAUAUCUACCAGAAGCCGAUAGAAGAUAUUGGGACGAUUUAUACAAGAAUGGGCCUCAAGCGUAUUAUGAUAAAUACGGAAAUCCAUUGCCAGGUUUCACCCGCGUACCCACAGAAGACAGACCGCACAUAAAAUACCAACAUAAACCAGCACGUCCCAGUUCAGGCUACUGGGUACCUGUCAACGCUCGUGAUGAAGAAGAUUUGGGUGGUGAACUUGGAGUACCAAGAUACUGGCCAGUAGCAUAUUUGCAUAAAGGACCGCCACCGAACAUGACAUACUUUAGAUAUAACGAAACAAAAACUGACAAACAAAGUACACCUUUACCACGCAACCGACAAGACUUCAAACGAAUCGAUUUAGAAAAACCUGUUAGCAAUGAUCUUGAAAGUAGAACUAUAGAUGACAGACCGAGGAGUGAAAAACGUAUCAACAUAACCGAUGACGAUGAUAUAUUAGAGAUUAAUUUAGAUUUUACUACAACUAUAAAACCGGAAGUCAAUGAAACAAAAAUUGAAAACGAAACAGUUACAGAAUAUAAAGAAAUUGUUAAUAAAACACAGUUAUACACAAAACCUAAGAAAGCUAAGGUAGAAGAUGACGAUUAUAUAAAAGGCAUAGAUGGUAAGUUGCACGAUUUCACUCGUUCGCUUGAAAUAUUUGAUAUAGAUGAUGUCAAAAGCGAUAAAAUUGCAGAUACGAAAACUUUAGAAGCGGAGGAAAAACAAAUAGAAGCAAUCGGAAGGAUUCUUGCUUCUAGACGUAACGGAAAGCUUAUAAUAGAAAAAAGGUCUCAAAAAGAUUUGGAAUCAAAGAACAUUGCACUAGAUAAAGACUUUAUUAGUUUCGAUUUCGGUAAUCGUUUCCCGACACCAGAGAGAAGAGGUAUUGUUAAGAAAAUUAGUAAAGAGGAUAUAGAAAAAGAUAAACUUUUAAACGAUAAAAGUCUAGAAGUUAGUGAAACAACUUUCGUUAGACCUCCUAGAGUUUUGAGUACAACAGAAAGUGUUAAGAAAGCUGUUGUAAAUGGAAAGGUUUUUUAUGAUGCAACGAUAAAAGAUCAAAGAGAAUUAUAUACGAAUGCAACACGACGCGGUAAAAACCUACGUCUAGAUGAGAAUAGGGCUCCGCUUCUACCAAAUGGGAGUACUAAAAAGAAAAACGUAAGAACACGUAAUACAAAUCCAAUUCGAAGGGUAAGGAGGGUGUAUAGAAAAAAAUAUAACCCUGAAGAAGUGAGAAAGAGAUUGUUGGAAAGAGAAAAGAAUAAAAAUGGUACGGAUAAUAUCAAAAGUUAACAAAGCUAUAUUUUACAUA